AUGUCCUCUCGCCCAUCAACUCCACCUAGCAAGGAUCCAUGGGAAGAUGAAGACUUCCGAUUCAAGACGAACGGUACCGCUUGCGAAUGGGGCGAGGCAUAUCAUCCAGGUGGUUAUCACCCUAUCCACCUUGGCGACGUGAUUCAAGGACGCUACCGUAUUAUUCGCAAGGUAGGAUGGGGUCAGUACUCCACGGUCUGGCUUGCAGUUGACAUGCAAUUGAACCGCUAUGUAUCUCUGAAGAUCACUCUUGCAAGACAGCCUCAAAAUACGAGCAGAGAGGUGUCUCUUUAUAUAUCUCACCUCCAAAAUAGCUGCCCAGGCCUUGUAGCUCUGUAUGACAUAAUUAAGAUCAAAGGCCCAAACGGAGAACAUGACGGCCUCAUCUUUGAGCUCAUGGGCCCAGAUUUGAUAACCAUUCUCAAGACAAGGCCGGAAUUCCAGAUUGGCGAACCAUGGGAAAGAAGAUUCACUACGUCUUUUGCCAAAAAGGCGCUCCUGGGUACGGUACAGGCAAUACACGGUCUCCAUGAGCGCGGCAUCAUCCACGGGGAUUUGCACACCGGUAACAUCCUCAGUUGCAUAGAGCCAGUUGAAGUCACCCCAAAGACAGAGCGAGAAUUGAAGCAAUCUGAAAGCGACGCGCGGCCGCUCAGACGAAAGGACGGAAAAAGGGAUCUCUGGGCUCCAUCAUAUCUUCUUGAGCCUCGGCCUUUGAAUAACUACUUCUCGUACGACCUCGAUCCGCUUAUGAAGCUUGCUGACUUGGGCGGUGCAUUCACUGAAGAAGAACCUAUAAUGGGUCCUAAAGCUAUCACCCCGGUUGGCCUUCGAGCCCCAGAGACGAUUCUUAAUGAACGUCUGGGCAAAGGCAUUGACAUAUGGGCCAUUGGCUGCCUGAUAUUCGAAAUGAUAUUUGGCCGGCCUCUGUUCGUGGCAAUCCAGUCCCUCGAGGGAGAGGACUACGAUGAGACCUCCAAUGAUGAACAUCUCAUUCAGCUCUGGGAGGUUAUUGGACCAUUACCCAAACCUUUGCUUGAGAAAUGGCGUCGAGCAGAUCAUUAUUUUGAUUCUAGCGGAAACAGACUCGAGAUUAAGCCUCAAGAGGAUGACUACUACAUAAGUGGUGAUGAAGAUAUAGGCUCGGGUGAUGGGAUGGGUGAAGACGAAAGCGAUGGUCCUCCGCUCGCAUAUCUUGGCCAGUUUCUUUCUCUCGAGGACCAGGUUACGAAAGAAAGGCCAGAUGAUAUCGGCGAGGCAGAGGCUAGAGAGAUUUUGGAGCUGUUGCGGUGGAUAUUCCAGUAUGAUCCUGCUCGUCGGCCCUCAACUAGUGAUGUCGUCAAUCACCCUUGGCUCCGUUCAACGACAUAG